AUGUCCUACCGCACCACCUCCAGCUCCUCCUCCGCCUUCUCCUCCUACUCCUCCUCCACUUCUAACGACAACAACAACAACCCCCGAACCGAAUCGACCGGCCACCGCUACGCCACUACCUCACACACCGACCCCACCGGCGCUACUACCGUCCGCACCGGAUACCAGAAUCUAGGCGAGGAGCCGGUUUUCGAAGAGCGGAGAUUCGAUUCGGCGGGUCGGGAGGGCGCGUUGUUGGAUACUCAGGGUGGGAUGGGUGCUGCGGGGGGUACUAGGGCUAUUAGGGAGUUGGAUGAGGAUGCUGAUGAGGGGGAGUGGGAGGAUGGGACUUAUUGAUUGAAGUCCUUCCCUGGCUUACUUGAGUUAUGUUGAAAUAUUGAGUAGCAAUGGUUGUAUAUACGUAGUGAUUGUUGACUGCUGCUUUGUUGAUGAUUGGUUAUAACUAUACCGUAUCCAGCUGUUUUAGCCAGGCGGGGAUGUCUGGGCCGUAGUCUAGGUCUUCCGUCUAGAUUGGGCAUCUGGGUCGGUUGGUUAGCAUGAUACUUUGAUUGAAUGAUGGGGUUGUACUUGGUAAACAAACCCAUUGGUGGAUGUCACAGAGAGAGAAUGUUCGUAAGAUGCAGGUUAGGGAGCUCAAUGAUGAUGGGAAUGGUGAAAAC